GUCGACCCCAUUCCCCUCCGUUUUCACCCGAAGGGCAGAGGGGACAGAGUCCCGUCCUCUGCGCGUCCUCCUCCCGGAAGAGCAAUGGAGAGGCUGCCCGGCGCCGGCGGAGCCGUCUUCUCUCUACUGUCCCUCCUCUUGCAUUUCGCCAGCGCCUCUGAGAUCCCGCUCUCAGUUCCACAGGUUCCAACCAUCACAAAACAGUCAAAAGAGCAAGUCGCCUUUCCCUUUGAUGAAUAUUUUCAAAUCGAAUGUGAAGCUAAAGGCAAUCCGGAGCCAAGAUUUACGUGGACGAAAGAUGGCAAGCCCUUUGACCUCUCCGACCCUCGGGUCAUUGCCUCCAACAACUCAGGAACCUUCCGGAUCCCAAAUGAGGGGCAGAUAGCUCACUUCCAGGGGAAAUAUCGCUGCUUCGCUUCGAACAAGCUGGGAGUGGCCAUGUCGGAAGAAAUAGAAUUUAUAGUUCCCAAUGUUCCAAAAUUCCCCAAAGAAAAGAUCGAGCCCCUUGAAGUGGAGGAGGGAGACCCCCUGGUCCUGCCCUGCAACCCGCCCACGGGGCUGCCCCCGCUGCACAUCUACUGGAUGAACAUCGAACUGGAGCACAUCCAGCAAGAUGAGAGGGUGUACAUGAGCCAGGAGGGGGACCUGUACUUUGCGAACGUGGAGGAACACGACAGCCGGAACGACUACUGUUGCUUCGCGGCCUUCCCCAGGCUGAGGACCAUUGUGCAGAAAAUGCCGAUGAAGCUGACAGUCAACAGUUUAAAGCAUGCUAAUGACUCGGGUUCACCCACAGAGGCCGGCUCCCGGGCGAAUUCCAUCAAGCAGAGGAAGCCCAGCCUGCUGCUGCCUCCGGCGGCGAGGGGCCCCGAGUCCUCGGUCACCGUCCUCCGGGGGGACACCCUGGUGCUGGAGUGCUUCGCCGAAGGCCUGCCAACACCACAGGUCGAUUGGGAAAAAGUGGGUGGUGAUUUACCAAAAGGAAGAGAAACGAAGGAGAAUUACGGCAAGAUGUUGAAGAUAGAGAACGUCUCCUACGAGGACAAAGGGAAUUACCGCUGCACAGCCAACAACUUCCUGGGCGUGGCCACGCACGAUUUCCACGUCACGGUAGAAGGUAGACUUACUAGUAUGUACAGCAUUUAUUUAUCAGCUUGUACGCACUCCAAUAGGCCGCGCAUCCAGCUCAUGGCAUUUACCGAAUUUCAGUGUUCUAAAAAGAACAUAGGACAUGUCCAUUGUAUUGAUCCUCCUGAUAAUUCAGGAUCUGUCUCAGGGGAAACGAUGCUACCAGCGGCUCUCUUUUUCAUCUCGAUUAACAAUCUCUCUGUUUCCACCUUUCCGCCCGCUUCGCCACGCUCACGGUUCCUGUGCUCUCCCCGUGUACGUUCCUCAGGCAGAGGUCUCGGGAAGCUCCCAGAAGGAGUGAACGCCACUGAAAAGGUUCACCCCCCCGAGGUGCCUGAGCCCGGAGCCGAACACGCAGUCCGCCUCCUGCCCAAGAACUGGGUUGGGAACAAUAGCAUUUUUGAAGAUGUGAUUGAGGCGAGAGGGAGAGAGUACGCGGGCUUGUAUGACGACAUCGCCACGCAGGGCUGGUUCAUCGGGCUGAUGGGCGCCGUCGCCGGCCUCACCCUCGUGCUGCUGACCGUCUGCUUCGUGAAGAGGAACCGAGGCGGGAAGUACUCGGUGAAAGACAAGGAGGACCUGCACCCGGACCCGGACGUUCAGUCGGGGAAAGAUGAGACCUUUGGGGACUACAGCGACAGUGACGAGAAGCCCCUGAAGGGAAGCCUUCGGUCCCUCACGCGGGACCUGCCAGCCACAGAGAGCGCCGACAGCCUGGUCCCCUAUGGGGACGGUGACCACGGCCUGUUCAGCGAAGAUGGGUCCUUCAUCGGUGCCUACGCGGGGUCCAAGGAGAAGGGCUCAGUGGAGAGCAACGGCAGCUCCACAGCCACCUUCCCUCUGCGCGCGUGAGUGCCACGCGUGGGCGCCACACGUGGGAGCCACGUCCCCCCUGCGAGCGUGACCAUUCCCGUGGGAGCCACGUUUUCCCUGUGAGCAUGACCACUGCCUGUGGGAGCCGUCUUCCCCCUGCCCAUGUGGCCACCACGUGUGGAAGCCAUGGUCUCCCUCUAAGCGUGACUGCCACGUGUGGGAGACACGUGGGAACCACAUUCCCCCUGCCUGUGUGGCCUCCAAGUGUGCGGGCCAUGUUCCCCCUGCAAGCAUGGCUGCCUCAUGUGGGCAUCAGCGGUUCCCACCGACCUCCUGUCUGUCGGCUCGCGGGUGCAGAGCGUGCACCUGGGACCCAGCACUGCCAGAAGCUCCAGCCAGAAUCCCACGCCUGCGACCACACGGAGCAAACAGCACUGCCGUGAAAAAUAACAACGCCCUGAGCACCGCGGGCCUCUUGUUGUUGGUUCGUUUUCUUUACAGGUGCUGAACAUGCAGAACACGGAACAGCCAUGUUUAGGUCCACCUCCAGGAAUCCAAAGUGUCCGUCAGUGUGUUCCGUCCCCACCGGCCCCGUUUGCACAGACGUGGCGGCCCCACGGGGUCUCUGUUUCACGAGUGUGCUCUCGCGGGGGAGUCUGGGUAAUGCUCCCCUACAGGUUAGAAGGUAGAUGGGGGAGCACACAGGUUAUUUAAGUGUAAAGAGGAAAAUGAAUGUCUUAUUAAAACCGUUGGUUGUCUGUAUGCAGUCAGAGUUUAUUAUUUAAGUUUAGGAGAAGUCUUAGUACACGGUCCGCUAGCACUUGCUGGGCGCUGUUUGCCCGGAGACACCCUGUUUCAACAGCAGCCGAACUGCCUCAGCCUCAGCGGGAACUGCUCAUUCCUAUCGGCUAUGAUACCGGCACACGUCCUGUUAGUGUUUUUUUCUUGGACUAAAUUCGGCUGCAGGAGAGGCCGCGUCCCAGGCCGUCUUUGGAAAGAUGGCGAGUCCUGGCACUGCCGAGGGUGGUGGCCGUGGCUCCGUGACCUCCCCACUCCCACGCGACGGCUCCCCCCUCUGCUGUUUCCCAGAUGGUACGCCGCAUCUGCUCGCGAAUGCGUUGUGCGUGCCAUGUUGAUAUCCACACCGUAGGAGGUGGGGUUGGAGGCGAGAGGGAGGACAUGAAAGACGCCGUGCCACCAUCCCAGGCCACGCCCGGGCGUGCGGCUCCCACACACGGCUCUGUACAAAGCCCCCGGAUUCUGUUCUUCAUGGCUUCCGCCCAGGGUCUUACCGUAACACGUCCUGUAAACGUGGAGGGAAUGUCUUCAUAUUUUUCAACAUAAGUUUUGUUGGGGGGCGUGUGCUCCGACCCCAGCCCCGAGGGAAGCCGUUCACACACGACCCUCCAUCACGGGCUGACCAUGUUUGGGGGCGUGUUCUGUGUUCUCCUGGCGACAUCAGCGCGAGGUGAGGGAAUUCAUUUCCUGGCAUGUGGGCUGCCCGUCCGCCCAAAAUUGUCCAUGAAAACGUGAAGAAAGAGUGUGAAGGCCAGUACAUGCACGUCAGCGACCUCCAGUGCUCAGCUCUCCGUGUGCGGAAACAGCUCUUACCCUCCCCACAAAACCCCUAAUUGUGUUUAAGCCAAAUUGGUUCCCGGAUUCUGCCUUUUGGAGCUGUGGCUGUGGGCAUCCCUUCUAGCGAAUCCCUUGACUUUGGUGUUUGUUGCCUAUAUCUAUCUGUCGUUUUAAACCUCGUGUGUCGUCCAAAAUGCAUGGGCAGGAAAGAAUGUCUUAGUUAAAACAGCGACGUAGGGGUCAGGAUUGGAGCACCCCCCCGAACCCCACCCCCAGCACAAGUUUCCAGCGGGGAGCCUUGGUCCUCGCCCUGUGUGGGGGUGGGGACCCGCACACCCGUGGGGAGCGCCCCGAACUCCGUCCGCAUCUGGUUUCUAAGGACCCGCUUUCUGGAGGCGGGAUCCUCACGUGCUGACUUCUCCGGGGGGGACUCUGGUCCCCGGCUCCUGACGAGGCCAAGGUCGUGACUCGGGAGUUUCAUUCCUCGGCGACUUCAGCUCCUGUUCUUUGUCAUCAGGUCUCCAAAAGGCACCGGGGGCACAUUUAUGAUGAAUUCAAUAAUCUCCCGUUAGAAGCCCACACAGUGGCCAAAUGUUUCCUUGUCCGAAAUCUUAGCGCUCCCUUAGCUGGGGAACAAGGGGGUCCCUUCUGAGUGGCCCAAACCAAGGGACGUGGGACAUGAGACUGCCCUCGGCGGCCUUUUUCGAUCUCCCGUGACCUCUUCUCCGCGCAUUUGGCCUCUUCUCCUGGGAACCUCCGCACAGAAGGACCAGAUCCGAGACUGACUUUCUCGCACCCACGGUCGAUGUUCCUUUGAUGUCACAGGUUGUGUGUUCUCGCGAGGACUCUUGGUGGAAUGACCAAGGCUUAGGAGACCUCGUUCUCUCCUGGUCCCAGCACUGACUUUGUACAGAAACCCCAACAUAGGCACAUGCUGGACCCCUUUGCUUCAAACGGUCUCAACUCUCAAGUGCUAACGAUGAUCUCAGUUACCUUCUCUUUGUCACAGGGUGUUCUUCUUUAUGAAGAAAAAUUUGAAAAUAAUAAAAGCUAAGAUGCCUUUGAACUUGAUCAGCAAACCCAUACUCUGAUGACGUAUCGAAAAGUCACCCCACGCACACCCACGCAACGCUUUCCUGUGAGCACAUAAAUAUAUUUUUAUAGGAAAACAAACCUACAGGAAAGAAAGUAGAUCCGCUGUUCCGUGAGCAGCGCGAUGCGCACACGCCAUCAAAAAACGCCGAGUCAGACGAGAAUGAAGCAGGGUCUUUGCUACGCGGAAGUGACUCAUGAGCUUUGCACGUAUGUUCAUGAGCCGAUGUGAAUUGGGUGGGUUUGUUCUACUUGUGUAAAGGUGUCUGCUAUUUUGGAUUUCCCCAUGUUUGUAAAAAUGUAGAAGCACAAUGGGAUUGUGCGGGAAGCCUCACAGAAUAUUUUUUCCUAUUUUAUACUCAUGGAGGAGAUGCGCUAAAGAGAGAGACCGAUCAUGACAAAUGUAGUUUGGCUUUUCUAAGCAUUGAAAACACGGCUGCCCGUCGAAACCCUAGCUCUGUUUACAUGCCACUAAGAUAGGGUUCCUGGCACAAGGUGGAGUGGGUCCGAAGGGACUGGUGUGUACUCUGUGGUAGCCUAGACGCCGAGGGCUCCCGUGGGGCAGCGGGCAUGUGGAGGCGAAGCUGACCUCGCUGUGUGUCUUACACUCUGUGAUGAUGUCAUCAGUAGAGAUAAAAGGUAUGUACACUGGCUUACCAGAUUGCUUUUUUUUUUUUACUUAGAUUGAUAUUCAUAGCUGAACUUUAUUGAAAUGUGUUUGUGUUGUAGGUGGUGUUUGUACUAUGCCUGUGAAUACGUACGGUUUAAAACUAUUUUCAUUAUACAUGAGAUUCAACUUUCCAAAUAAAAGUUUGACUUCAUGAACUCUA